UCUUCCAUUCAUUCUCAUCACUGCCAUGCCCCAAAUAUAUAUACACAUACAAUAACCAGAGACAGAAACUUCAAGAAAGAAAGAAGAUCGAAGAAUUGAAGAAGAAACCCAAGAGCCAUGGAGAUGAAGAGACGAAAAGGCAGCAGCAUUUAUGUUGGGCAAUGGUAUUCAGCGGUUUCCAUUUUUGCCCCCCUCUUACUGCAAUCCUGUUUCUCUCUGGACUACAAAGAAGCCCUUUCGAAGAGCCUCUUGUACUUCGAGGCGCAGCGCUCCGGCCGGCUGCCGUACAACCAGAGAGUGUCCUGGCGCCACCACUCCGGCCUCACCGACGGCCUCCAGCAAGGGGUGGACUUGGUCGGAGGGUACUACGACGCCGGCGACAACGUGAAGUUCGGUCUUCCGAUGGCGUUCACGGUGACGCUCUUGUCGUGGGCGGUGCUGGAGUACGGCAAGGAAAUAGACGCCGCCGGCGAGUCCCGCCACGCUCUCGAGGCCAUCAAGUGGGGGACUGACUUUUUCGUCAAGGCUCACACUCGUCCUCAUGUCCUUUGGGUCCAGGUAGGUGACGGGGGCACAGAUCACUACUGUUGGCAAAGGCCUGAAGACAUGGCCACCUCUCGCAGAGCCUACAAAAUCGACGAGGACAGACCCGGCUCCGACGUGGCUGCCGAGACCGCUGCCGCAAUGGCCACUGCCUCCAUCGUCUUCCGCACAACAAACCCCCAUUACGCUUCUCUUCUCCUAGCCCAUGCCCAGCAGGUAUAUAUAUUGCAUUAAUAAAUUAAAUCUACCCUGCCAAAAAUAGAACAUUAGAAGAAAAAAAAACUAAAAUAAGACCACUAAUUUUCUAAUCUUCCAAAAUACAUUUCUCUUCUAAACAAAAUCGUGAGGGGUGUUGCGUUUUUGAACAGCUAUUCGAGUUCGGUGACAAGUUUAGAGGGAGAUAUGACGAGAGCGUUGAGGCCGCCAAGGGGUACUACCCGUCCUUGAGUGGCUAUAAAGACGAGCUGUUGUGGGGAGCUUUGUGGCUUUACAAGGCUACCGACAACAACUAUUACUUGAAUUAUGUCAUUGAGAAUGCCAAAUCUUUUGGAGGGAUCACUUGGGGCAUGACCGAGUUCAGCUGGGACGUCAAGCACGCUGGCAUCCAAGUACUUCUUGCCAAGGUAUAAUCUGGUCAAAAUGAAGAAACCAAAAAACUAGCUUAUUUUUU